AUGGAAUCAACUAUGGAUGCAAUUGUUAUUCAUCCGAGUGGAGAUUACUUGAUAGGUGUUCAAGGACAAAUUGUUCGAGUCAAUCCUGCUGACCUGUCGACGACUGUUUUCACAGGUACUGGAGGUAGCGGACAUGCUGUCAACAACGUGACUGCUUUAUCUGCUCAAUACAAUAACCCUGCACAAAUCGCUGUUGGUACGAGAUAUGUCUACAUUACAGAUUCCAAAAACUAUGUGGUGAGACAAUAUGAUUUACAAACAGAUAUGGUUUCCUUCGUUUACCAAGUGGCACCAAUUGCAAAUUAUGGGCUAUAUGGUGGUCAGAUCAUUAAAUGGACGAGAUCUACAAACACCAGUGUGGUAGUAGCAACAGGAUUAUAUCACCCUUUAGGAAUUACACUCACUCCUGAAGGAAAUUUGUUCAUUGCUGAUUCAUACAAUCAUGUCAUUCGCAAAUUAUUCUCAAAUGGAACAACGAUUGUUUUUGCAGGAACCAUUGGUCAAUCUGGUUACAGUGGCGACUAUGGACCGGCCACUUCAGCUCGUCUUAAAUAUCCGCACUCUGUUCUUUAUAACAGUGUUCUGAAUGAGCUUUACAUUGUUGACCGACAUAAUCAUGUGAUUCGAAAAGUGAACAGAAAUGGUAUAAUUUUCACUGUUGCAGGCAACGGACAGCAAGGUGCACCUGGGUACACCAAUACCUUUGGUCCUCUCUUGAGAUAUCCAACGUUUCUUACUUUUGACAGCACUGAAAAAGCGCUUCUCAUUACAGAUAGUGACAGCCGUUCAAUUAGAAAGCUAAGCAUUGGUUGUGAGAGAGGCUACGUGUGGUCAUCCAAUAAUUCCAAGUGUGUCGAAGAAACAGCAUGCUUUUACGAUGACAUUUGUUCUGUAAACUCAAGCGUUACCUAUUCCAUCAGCAACGUAAUGACCAAUUUGGAAUCCAGUCUUUACGGUGUUGCCAUACUUCCUGACAGCGGCGACUAUAUCAUAAGUGUUCUUGGAUAUGUCUACAGAAUCAAUCCAAUCUCGCUCGUAAGGACUGUUUUCACAGGUACUGGAUUUAGUGGAGAUGCUGUCAACAAUGUGGCUGCUUUGUCUGCUCAAUACAAUACCCCUGCACAACUCGCUGUUGGAACAAAAUAUGUCUACGUUGCAGAUUCCAAAAACUAUGUGAUCAUUAAAUGGACGAGAGUGACCAACACCAGUGUGGUGGUGGCAACAGGAUUAUAUCACCCUUUAGGAAUUACACUCACUCCUGAAGGAAAUUUGUUCAUUGCUGAUUCAUACAAUCAUGUCAUUCGCAAAUUAUUCUCAAAUGGAACAAUGAUUGUUUUUGCAGGAACCAUUGGUCAAUCUGGCUACAGUGGAGAUUAUGGACCAGCCACUUCAGCUCGUCUUCAAUAUCCUCACAGCGUGGCUUAUCAUUCUGAAUCAAAAGAAGUUUAUAUCGUUGACGGACAUAAUCAUGUGAUUCGAAAAGUGAACAGAAACGGAAUAAUCACAACGGUAGCUGGAAAUGGUCAACCUGGAGCACCUGGUUAUUUAGACAGCCAAAUGGCAUUGUUCGAAUUUCCUGUCGAUAUAUCUUUCCUUGGUUCUAAGCCAGAAUUCCUUAUUACAGAUAGGAAUAAUAGAGCACUUCGAAAACUGACAAUUACUUGUUCGGACACUAACUCAUACGUAUUGUCUUCUGAUUUUACCGAGUGCUUACCAAUCUGUUUUAACAAGAACAGUAGUGAUCCAACAGUCUGUAGCGGAAGAGGAAGUUGCAUUUCUCCCAACUAUUGUUCUUGCCAAUCAAAUUACACUGGGAUGAAUUGUGAAACUCACUACUGUCAUGGAAUUGUGAAUUCAAAUUCGACUGUUUGCUCUGGCCAUGGAGUGUGUUCAUCUCACAACACAUGUACAUGUAAUGCAGGAUAUUAUGGCAAUAAUUGUGAAAAGUUUGACUGCAAUGGCUUUCUAUUUAACUCUUCCUUUGUUUGCAACAACGGGAACGGAAUUUGUGUUGCACCUGAUACAUGUUCAUGCAAAACUGGAUACAGUGGAGCGUACUGCCAACUUUACUACUGCAAUAAGAUACUAUUUAAUAAUACCAGCGUUUGCAAUGGAAAAGGAGCGUGUGUUUCUCCUGAUGUUUGUAAAUGUAGUUCACCAGACUUUUUUGGUCCCAAUUGCGAUAGUUUCAAAUGUUUUGGAAUUAUGAACACAAAUGUUAGUGCAGUGUGCUCAGGAAACGGAAUAUGUACAGCAACAAAUGUUUGUUCAUGUAACACUGGACCAUGGUCAUCAACCAAGUACUAUGGUGAUCAGUGUCAGUAUCAUAGUUGCAACGGAAUUCCAGCUAAUUCUUCCAUGGUGUGCUACUCCUAUGGGUCAUGUGUUGCUCCCGAUGUUUGCGUAUGUCAGCCUGGUAGAAACGGAACUUUUUGUGACAAUCCUGUCUGUUAUGGCAUUUCAGCUGAUGACACUCAAAAGGUUUGCAGCGCUCGAGGUACCUGUCUCAGCCCAGACAAUUGCGCUUGCAACACAGGUUAUGGAGGAGAAAGGUGUCAAUAUUCUAUCUGCAACGGUAUUUUGUCAAACAGCUCAGAUAAUGAAACAACGAACAACGAUAAUUCCAUUAUUAAGAAAGAGGUUCAAGUUGAAACAUUGUCGAACGUGACGCAAUUAGAUUCCAAAAAUGUGACUUUUGACAAUUUUCAGACCAUUUUCAUUCAGUUUCCUUCCAAUAUUUCCAAACAAAUUUCAGAUGAAGCAACAUCAACAUCUUCAAAGAUUUCAUUAAUUGUGUGCAUUUCUGAAAAUGUGACCGCCACAAAAGAAGAAGUGAGAGAAGUUAUUUCACCCAUUGUGAAAAUUGUUCUUUCAAAAGGCAGUGGAGUUGAAAUUCAAGUUCAAAAUUUGACAUAUUUGAUUGAAAUAUCAUUUUCAAAUAUUUAUUCCAUGUCGAAUCAAUCUGAGUUGACCUGUGUCUAUUUUGAUGAAAUUAAGGAAGAAUGGAGUCCUGAAGGAAUCAUUUCAAAAUACGAUCCAAUUUCAUUGACCAUGAAAUGUUUCACUUCACACUUGACAUCAUUUGCAGUGAUCGACAUGAACUUCAAGAAAGCUUCCAACAAUCCAAAAUCUCCUGUCGCUCCACCUCCUUCAUUUUCUAUUCAUAAAGACGGAGCCACUCAAAAUGGAGCUGACUCUGCCGCUGCCAUUGCUGCCACAGUUUCUAUGCUUGGAUCCAUUUUGGUUUGUGGAGUGGUAGCUGCCAUCACAGUUGUGAUAAUUGUUUUAACAAGAAGAGCUAAAAAGCAACGAGAAGUCUAA